AUGCAUCUUUCUACCGUAUAUAGCAGCCUCGGCCUUAUGGCCGGAUUAGCAACAGCUCUUCCCCAUGCUCACAAGGCCCGUCAGUCCACAGGCGCACAGACAGUCGUCUACUGGGGCCAGAACGGUGGCGGUACCAUCGAGAACAACGACCUCUCGACUUACUGUUCCUCCACAUCCGGCAUCGACAUUAUCGUCCUAGCCUUCUUGUACCAGUGGGGUAACGGAGCCGACAUCCCCUCUGGUACCAUCGGCCAGUCCUGCUUCAUUAGCACUGCUGGCGAAGGCCAGAACUGUGAUGCCUUGGCCUCGGCCAUCACGACUUGCCAGUCUGCCGGCAUCAAGGUCCUCCUAUCACUGGGUGGGGCCACCGCCUCUUACUCUUUGUCCUCGGACUCGGAGGCCGAGUCGAUUGGAAACUACCUCUGGCAAGCCUACGGAAACUCGGGCAACUCUAGCGGUGUCCAACGUCCCUUCGGCGAUGUUGUUGUCGAUGGCUUCGACUUUGACAUCGAAGUGAACCGAGGAAGCGAAUAUUACCCUGCCAUGAUCUCCGCAUUGCGCACCAACUUCGAAACUGAUUCUUCUCGCACUUAUCUUAUUUCAAGUGCCCCGCAAUGCCCCAUCCCAGAGCCUAAUCGAAAGUAUUCCCUUCUCUUAAUGCUGUGGCUCUUCUUGGGAGUCGUCAUCGGCAAUGCUACGUUCGAUUACAUCUGGCCCCAAUUCUAUAAUAACAACAACUACACUUACCCCUGCGCUCUCCCCAUUAACGGCAACGCCCCUUUCAACUAUGACGGAUGGCUUAACUUCACCGCCAGUGGCCCCUCAAAGGACGCCAAGAUCUUCAUCGGUGUGCCGGCCUCUCCCUUGGCCGCCAACGGCAGCCCGACUGGAGAGACAUACUACGCAACUCCCGACCAACUCUUGACUAUCGUCAACAGCGUCAAGGACGACUCGAGGUUCGGUGGUGUGAUGAUGUGGAGUGCCGGAUUCUCGGACUCAAACGUUAACAACGGCUGCACCUACGCGCAAGAAGUGAACAGCAUCCUGACAAAGGGAGCCGUUUGCUAG